UACAGCACAGUUAAUGUAACAAGUUCCUCUUGUUUGAGGAAUCCUAGUUUCCAGUGUAUGAAUUGCUGGAUCACCAUCCUAAGACUGAGUUACUCAGAACAGAAGCCAAACCAAAACUUAAAAGAAAUUAAAACAAACGAAAUGCCAAUACUCAAUUAUAAUACAUUUUCAUACUUGAUUUAAAAAUCAAACUGAAAACAGAAAUAGGGAUAAGAAGGAAGAAAGAUUCGAUCCAUGGAUGAUAUUCUUAAUUGUGGGAUUUCCUUUCAGAUCUCAUGAACUGUAACUCACAUAAGUAAUAGAAAUCAAAUAGAAGAAAUGAUGCUAAGCCCAAAUGAAUAUUAGAUCAAUUAUUGUUAAAUGGUUUUAAAGUCAAGUGAAAAUGAAUUUUCUAACACUUGCUGUAGUAUAAUUUUGAUAAACAUGCAAAAACCCAUCUAUUUCAAAGUUCAAACUAAACAACAGUAUAAAUUCAGCAAAUUUGAGAGGCUGGGAAGCAUUGCCAUGCACAUGUUUUCAAUCCAAAAGUUGACAUUUCAAAUAACUGUUUUUUAUCUCCUAAAAUUGUAGAAAUUUUAACCGAGUCUUUGCAAAGUGAAAUUGCUGCCCCCCGUCCCUGCCCCCUUACAAUUGAGGUAUAAAUCAUAGAAAUAAAUAUUCUAGGUGGGUACAUCCUCACCAACUGCAUCAAAUGACUAAAAUUAGAAGAAACUGUAAUGAUUACUACAGCAGAAAAAUUGCCAGCUGCUAAGCUCCUGUCCCAUCAGCACUUGGCACUGUUGCAUAUCCAAAUUGAUUUGAGUUGGAUCAAUUAUCAAGUGCCUGUCUAUAUUCUGUUGGCUCCUUUUAAAUUGCUUGAUAUUCAUUGAGAAAUACUUCAAACCUAGCCUUUUGAAUAAUACAUGGAGGUUUGACCUAGCCAAAUUUAUUGUGCCAAGUUGCAUUCUUGAAUGAAUACCAAUUAGGCUGCCUAUGCAAGCAUUAUGAUCCAAAUAACAGGGAGGUUAAGGGUACUAAUAAAAGAGUUAUAUUCACAAUUAAUAAAGAGUUGGUUAGAACCACCUUCAAUUUGAAUCUACAGGCAAGUCAUUAAAUAUGCCUUGUACAGUUAUCCCUAAGAGCUAGGUUACCGGGUUCGCCUCUGGGCCCCCCUGGUAUGGGUCCGGUUUGAACUGGGUUCGACUAGGGUUCGAAAAACCUAGAGGUGGUUCGACCCUGGUCGAACCCAGUCGAACCCGGGGUUGAACCCAGUCGAACCCAGGCGGACCCAGGUCGAACCCAGCAGUGUUUAUCUUGACAGCUAUAUGUGUGUGGUCUGGAGCUGUCGAUUCCUUGUGUUUAUUCUUGUGCUUCGUUUCUUUUUGGCAGCCGUUAUAUUUGGCACAUAUUAAAUGGCGCAUAUUCCAAGUAAUAUGCGUUAUUCUUUUGUGGCUGUGAGUUUGUUCGAUGAUUUUUUUUGUCAGAAAUGUUCUUUCCAGCGCCAAUUUCUGCUUUAUGCGUUUCUUUUUGAAACAAUUUUGCGCUGCAGUUUCUUUUGUCUGUCAGAGCUAAUGCGUCAUUUGUUGGAAAAUGAUUUCUCUUUUCUACAGAAAAACCCGUAUAUGCCAAGGUAGGGGUGUCGUGUUGGUUUUGGAAAAGAAAGUCACUUUUGGAUGAUCCAUUUGAUGAUUAAACUUUAAGUUUAUAUUGUUGAAAGUUGAAACAAUGAUACUUGAAUAUUUUGUCAUUUUGAUAUUAAACUCUAAGUUGCCAGAUUCUGUAAAAAUUCCCACGGGUCCUGGUUCGGUUCGCACCAAAUACUGGUCCGUUACAAAUUCUCCCCAAAUUCUCUCAGAGGAACCCUGGCCGAAUUUUGGCGUAUUUGGAACAAAUUUCAGUUCCAGCGGCAGAACCCGGGAAGAAUUUGGGUGAAAAAGACAUUUUUUUAACUUUUUAAAAUUUUUUUUUGCCUGAUUAGUCUAUUCGACCCUCCAACCCUAAAUUAGACCACUAAAAAGGUCAAAUAGGUAAAACCUUUCUCAUUUGUGUAUUUGUGAAUGAAAAAGAAAACUCGUUGGCUCCAUUUCUAAACUUUCUUGUUUGCUUGCCAUAGCUGAAGGAGUGUUGAAGGGUGAUAGUUGCAUGCUUUGAGCUGGUUUGUGAGUUAUUCCUACGUAGUUGCAAGUGUUGAGAACUCCUCAAAGACAUUGAAGAGGAAGAUUUCACCAAAAGAGGUAGGUUUUUGUUGAUUUUUUUUGUUUUUUAAAUUUUUCUUUACAUUGUUUUGCAAAAUGAAAUGAUUUCUCUAGUUCUACUUUUAUUUUAUUUUUUCAUUUUGGUUUGUGGAUUUGUAUGUUGUUUAAUGUUUAUAGAUUCAACAUUCAUAGAAUGGCAAGUGCUUCUAGCACUGGGAACUCCCGGUUUAGAACAGAGCUAGGCUCUCCACUAUGGAAAUAUGUGGAAAUGGUUCAGCAACUACCAGGUGGAGGAGGUUUCCUUUGGAUUUGUAGGCAUUGCAAAGGGGAAUAUAAAAGCUCUUAUAGUAGAGUGAAAGCACAUUUGUGCUUUAUCCCUCAAAAAGGCAUCAAGUUUUGUCCAGGCAAGUCAAAAGUUCCAGGGCAGCCUAGACCUAAAACCUUGCUUGCAAACAAUAUUGUACUAAAAUAUAUUGAAGAGCAAAGACAAGCAAAUGAAGCAGUUGGGAAUGCAGUUACUCAUACUUUGGAAAGGUCUAGAAGUAAAAAAGCAACAAAGGCCUCUAUGUCUUCAACUUCCAAUGAACAAUUCGUAGAAGGCCAUCCGUUCUUGAAUCUUCUUGAACAACCAGUGACAAAUAAAAGAGCAAAGGGGCCCUUGGAAAUGUCAUUUCAGAAUGAGGCUAGAGACAUUGCCGAGGAAGACAUAGGUAGAUGCAUCUAUGCAAAUGGAUUGGCAUUUAAUUUUGUUCGCUCACAGUAUUGGCAAAAAAUGGUGAGAUCAAUUAAUGAGGCUCCAAGGGGGUUCAAGGGCCCAGGGUAUGAGAAGGUGCGCACCACUUUAUUGGACAAAGAGGUGAAAAAUGUAGAGAAUUCCUUGAAGCCUAUUAGGGAUUCAUGGAUUGAAACAGGUGUGUCCAUAGUAUCAGAUGGAUGGAAAGAUGCAAGAAAUCGCCCUUUGGUCAAUGUUCUUGCAGUGUCCACCAGAGGUGCAAUGUUUUUGAGAGCAGUGGAUUGUGAAGGGCAAGUGAAGGACGGUCCAUUCAUUGCAAACAUUCUUUUCCAAGCCAUUGAGCAAGUUGGCCCUCAAAAUGUUGUUCAAGUGAUAACAGACAAUGCAAAAAAUUGUAGGGCUGCCGGGUUAUUGGUUGAGGAGCGUUAUAAACACAUUUUUUGGACACCUUGUGCUGUCCACUCACUCAACCUAAUGCUGCAAAAAAUUGGCAAUAAAAUUGAGUGGAUCAAAAAAAUGUAUGGUGAUGCCCAAGAGAUCCAAAUGUUCAUCACGAAUCACCAUAUGUCACAAGCCAUAUUUAGACAAUUCUCGAGAUUGGAGCUCUUGAAGGUUGCCGAGACCCGUUUUGCCUCCCAAACUAUUGUUUUGAGACGUCUUGUGAAGGUUAAAGAGGCAUUGUCUAGAAUGGUAACCAGUGCUAAUUGGAGCAUAUGGAGGCAAUCUACUGGUACAAGGGGAGCUCCCAUUAAGGCAAUGAUACUAGAUGACUCUUGGUGGGAUCUUGCUGAGUACCUCCUGAGAUUUACGGAGCCCAUAUUGAGCAUGAUCCGAUACACUGACAUGGUAGGCCUUGCUUGGGUGAGGUAUAUGAUGGCAUUGACUCCAUGAUCGAGGAUAUGAAAACAAUCAUAAAUCAGAAAGAGCAAGAUCCUGAAGAAAAAUUCUUCAAGGAAAUACAAAAAAUCAUGGUGGAGAGAUGGAACAAAAUGACUACCCAUUUGCAUCUCCUUGCCUUUGCAUUGAGCCCCAAAUACUAUAGUCGGGAGGUCCUCAAUAAGAGUAGCACUAGAGUUGCCCCAUAUAGAGAUCAUGAAGUUGCUAUUGGGUACAAGGCAGCCCUUCGUAGACUUUUUCUAGAUUCAUUACGGGCUGUGGUGAGGGCUGAAGUCAUGAGUUUCACAAGCACGGAUGAUUGCGGUAUUGAGGCUCUUGAAGACAAGGCAAAUGUUGAUGCUCAUAAAUGGUGGUACUACCAUGGAGAAAUAUACCAGAACUACAACCCAUUGCCGUCAAAGUUUUGUCACAAGUAAGCUCUUAACUCUUAAGGUUCUAAUUUCUAAUUUCUUCAUUCUUAAAAUUUGUAUUCAAUGAUUCAUAGAAUCAUAACUGAUAACUCUUAACUCUGAUUUCAAAAUUGAAAAUCUUGAUAGGUUGCUAGUUCAUCAUCAUCCGAGAGGAAUUGGAGCACAUACUCCUUCAUACACUCAAUAAAACGCAAUAAACUACAUUCCAAGAAGGCGGAAGACUUGGUCUAUGUGCAUUCAAACUUGAGGCUCCUAACACACAAAGACAAUAACUACAAACAAGGGGAGGCAAAGCAUUGGGAUGUUGAACCAGAGCAUGUAGAGUUGGAUGAUUCAAUUGCCCGCCUUAAUGCACUUGGAGUUGAUGAUGAUAAUGAUGAGCUACUUAGUGAUCAUGAGGCUGCUCCCGAGGCUGAGAUUGCUAGUACCACUGCCAGUGGCACUGUUUGUGCUUCUAAUUUGCCACAGGAGGAUGAUGAUGAUAUGUUUGAUGACUUUUGAUGAUAUUUGAUCAGUGAUGGCUGAUUGUUAAUGUUGACAUUAUUAUUUUUUAACAUAAACAUUGAUAUGGUGGUGUAUUUUGGCAUUUUGCUAUGUUAUUUGCCAUUUGGACUAAAAGUCUACAACAUUAAUAUAUAUGGUGGUGUAUUUUGCUAUUUAUUUGCUGCUGCAUAUAUGUAUAUAUUUUUAUUUUUUUGUUUCUAUAUGUUUUUGUACGGACGAACCCAAAGCGAACCCGAACCCACCCCCCCCAAAAAAUGAACGAAUUUGCGAACCAAAAUCUCGAACCAGAAUCCGAACCAGAAUCCGA